ACCUAAACCUCCAUAAUUACUCAACACCAUGUCAAAUUUUCACAAUUUCCCUCUUCUACUAACUCUAUUCUUUCUCCUAUUACCAAAUCCAACAAUAUCCAAAAAUGGAUGCACCGAUAAAUGCGGAAGCGUUCACAUUCAAUUUCCAUUUAAUCUCAAAAACAACAACACAAACCAAACCAAUGCUCACGGAUUCGAUUUAUCAUGUACAAAUGAACACGAAACCGUGUUAGAAUUUCCCACAAUUCCACUCAAACUUUUCAUCAAACGCAUAGACUACAUAUCUCAAAGGUUCCAAAUCUACGACCCAAAAAACUGUCUUUCAAGUCAACUAUUAAAGUUAAAAAAUUUAUCAGUUUCGCCGUUUCGAUUUCACUUCCACGAGUAUAACAUACAGCGCAACGUUUCGUUCUUUCGUUGCGAUUCGAAUAAUGGGUGUUCGAUUUUGCAACGUGAUUUUGGCGGUGAUUUUAUUGAUCCUGAAUUGGUUUCAUGUAGAAAAGUUAGUGAUGUUAUGUCGGUGGGUUGGGUGGUUGAGGAAUGGGAUGAAGAUGAUUUGACAGAGAGUUUGAUUAUGGAAUGGUCUAAACCGAAUUGUAGUUUUUGUGAAGUUCAAGGGCAAAAAUGUAAAUGGAAAGAUGGUGGUGGUAGUAGAGGUGGUGAAGUUGAAUGUUUUGUUUGUCCUUCAAGUGGGAUUGCAAGAUCUACUGUUCUUCUAAUUACUGCUGGGGUCAUAGUUGGUUCAAUACUUUUGCUACUAUUGGUAAAUGGAUUGCUUCGCCUUUAUCGCUAUUUUAAGAUGAAAGGAGAUGACUUAGAUAGGAUAGAGAAAUUCUUGGAAGAUUAUAGGGCAAUGAAACCUACAAGAUUCACUUAUGCUGAUAUUAAGAGAAUAACAAAUGGUUUCAAGGAGAGUUUAGGAGAAGGAGCUCAUGGAACAGUGUUCAAAGGCAUGCUGUCCCAAGAAAUUCUUGUAGCUGUGAAGGUACUCAAUGAAACACAAGGAGAUGGAAAAGAUUUCAUCAAUGAAGUUGGAACGAUGGGAAAAAUUCAUCAUGUUAAUGUUGUUCGCUUGCUCGGAUUCUGCGCUGAUGGAUUCCACCGUGCUCUUGUCUAUGAUUUCUUUCCAAAUGGGUCAUUGCAAAAUUUCUUGGCUCCAUUGGAGAAUAAAGAUGUUUUUCUCGGUUGGGAGAAGUUGCAACAAAUUGCGCUUGGUGUUGCGAGAGGGAUUGAGUAUCUCCAUAUUGGUUGUGAUCAUAGAAUUCUUCAUUUUGAUAUCAAUCCACACAAUGUGUUAAUAGAUGAUAACUUGAGUCCUAAGAUUACUGAUUUUGGACUUGCUAAAUUGUGUCCGAAAAAUCAAAGCACAGUGUCUAUGACAACAGCUAGAGGAACCUUAGGCUACAUUGCGCCUGAAGUUUUCUCAAGAAACUUUGGAAAUGUAUCUUAUAAGUCUGACAUUUACAGUUAUGGAAUGUUGUUGCUCGAGAUGGUUGGAGGAAGAAAGAAUACUAAUAUGUCAUCCGAGGAAACAUUCCAAGUUUUGUACCCCGAAUGGAUCCAUAAUCUUAUCGAAGAUAAAGAUGUACAUGUUAAUAUUAAUGUUGAAGAUGAGGGAGACAUUAGAAUUGCAAAGAAACUUGCACUUGUAGGACUUUGGUGUAUUCAAUGGAAUCCGGUGGAUCGUCCAUCCAUGAAAACUGUGGUACAAAUGCUUGAAGGAGAAGGAGAAAAGUUAAUGGCACCCCCUACUCCUUUUGACUCUAUUGGUUCUACUAGAUCAAAUGCAAUUAUUCCAACUAGACAUUUAAAUUUUGAGUUAGAAGUUAUUCAUGAAGUAGAGUAAAUGAGUUUACUUUCAGAUUCAUCAAAUGUAAUUUAUACUUUAUUAUACUUUUUUAUUCUAAUUUACUUUAUAAUAAUUUUAAAAUGAAUUCGUUACCACUCACUUGCAAUGAGUUUUUUUUCUUCCUUUGUUUCACUGAUGUGGCCUUCAUAAUUCAAGUGGCUGGUUAUGUUAUAA